AUGGCUGCUCGCAUUCUUUUGCUAGGACUUGUAGCUGUGUCUUUUACUGUCGGCUUGGCGUCUGACCCCAGCUCUCUUCAAGAUUUCUGCGUUGCAGAUAAAACAAGUUCAGUUUUAGUGAAUGGUUUGGCCUGCAAGGAUCCCAAUCUGGUUCAAGCCAAUGAUUUCUUCUUCAGUGGACUUCACAUAGUAGGCAACACAUCAAACCCAUUUGGGUCAAAGGUGACACCGGUGACUGUGACCCAACUAGCAGGGCUAAACACACUUGGCAUCUCCAUUGCCCGCAUUGAUUACCAACCCUGGGGUAUUAACCCUCCUCACACACACCCUCGGGCCUCCGAAAUUUUAACAGUCUUGGAAGGUAAUCUUGAAGUUGGUUUUGUCACGUCAAACCCAGAAAACCGUCUCAUCACAAAGGUGCUACAAAAAGGCGAUGUCUUCGUCUUUCCCAUUGGUCUCAUCCACUACCAAAGAAAUGUAGGUUCGACUAAUGUUGUUGCCAUUGCUGCUCUGAGCAGUCAGAAUCCUGGAGUCAUCACAAUUGGGAAUGCGGUGUUUGGGUCUAAACCAGAAAUCGGAAGUGACAUUCUUGUGAAGGCUUUCCAAGUUGAUAAGAACGUUGUCGAUUACAUCAAAUCCAAGUUCUAG